GGGGGCUCCCCGCAGCCUCCUCCCUACAGGAGGUGGGGACAAGGUGGAGGAAGGGCUGCAGGAGGAGGAGCCGGUGCGUCGCGACCCGCCCCGUCCAAUCUGGCCUAGGCACCGAGGGAUCCGCUGUCCUAGCCACCGCCACCAGAGCAGCCUGUCCUGGUGCCUCACGCCCUGCCCCGUGUCCAGUCAUGACCCUGCACCCGUCACUACUCCCGCUCUGUCUGCUGCCGCUGCUGCUGCUGCUCAGUGGUGUGGUGUGCCAGGCUGAGACUGGGUUUGAAACCGAAAGUCCUGUACGGACCCUCCAAGUGGAGACCCUGGUGGAGCCCCCCGAACCGUGUGCGGAGCCCGCUGCCUUUGGAGACACGCUUCACAUACACUACACGGGCAGCUUGGUAGAUGGACGCAUUAUUGACACUUCCCUAACCAGAGACCCUCUGGUUAUAGAACUUGGCCAAAAGCAGGUGAUCCCAGGUAGCUUCCUGCUCAGUGGUGUCUUCCUUCUCAAGGUCUGGAGCAGAGCCUUCUUGACAUGUGUGUGGGAGAGAAGCGCAGGGCAAUCAUUCCUUCUCACUUGGCCUAUGGAAAACGGGGGUUUCCACCGUCUAUCCCAGCGGAUGCAGUGCUGCAGUUCGACGUGGAGCUGAUUGCACUGAUCCGAGCCAACUACUGGCAAAAGCUGGUGAAGGGCAUUUUGCCUCUGGUAGGCAUGGCCAUGGUGCCAGCCCUUCUGAGCCUCAUUGGGUAUCACCUAUACAAAAAGGCCAACAGACCCAAAGUCUCCAAAAAGAAGCUCAAGGAAGAGAAACGAAACAAGAGCAAAAAGAAGUAAUAAAUAAUAAUAAUUAAAAAAACACAAAACUUCUUUGCAUUCUUCACCUGAUCCCCAAAUUCUGAGGCUACUUUUGUAAGUGGGAAUGAGGUAAAGGUCUGGGGAAAGGCACCCUGAGAGGGAUCUUCCCUGGCAUGAGGGUGGUUGGAGGAUUUAGAUCACCUCUUCCUCCGGCCUUCUUUUCCUGUCCUGACUCCAAGGACCAGGUCUAGAAUCUUCUCAUAAGAUCUCUAGGUCCCGAAGGUAUGGGUUUUGGCUCCCAUGGUGCC